AUGUCGACAGAGGCCAACAGUCUCCCCGCCGAUGUCGUCAGCUGUCUCACCAAUGCGCGAUACCUCCAUCUAGGCACAUGCAGCGACAACUGGCCGCAUGUGAGUCUCAUGAACUACCUUUACAUUCGCGCUGGACAGGGCACGGAGCAUACAUCAAAGCCAGACGAAGACUGUGUCAUUAUGACCUGUUCUCGAAAGACAAAGAAGUUCUUCCAUUUGAGUAUGAACCCAAAAGUGUCUGUAUUGGUGCACGACUGGUCGACGCGCCAACAGGUGACCAACAGCAGUGAUCUCACACAGCUUUUAUCAAGUCUGAAUGCGGCCUCAUUGUCCAAAUACAGCAUCACGCUGAACGGGACUGCGGAGGUGCUGGAGGGCGAGCACAGCGAGUAUUUCAAGAAGCGCAUCUUGGAUAGUUCUGUGGGUAGUGAAGCGCGCUGCUACAUGGACGGAGAGGAUACGGCAGUGAUUGCAGUGCACUUUGGGUCUGCACGUAUCAGUGACAAGGAGAACAAUGUGAACAAGUGGAAGCACCAGGACUCUGAGAUGACGCCUGGUCAGGAACAUGUGUGA